AGGCGAUGAAAGGCAGGCUCCGAGGUCGUUUUCACUGAGGAGGCGUAGAGAGGAGACGGCGCUGACAUGGGUGAGUCCCAGUCGAGGUCAGUGAUGCUUCACCAUCAGGGCCAACCUCUGAACUCAGCCUACGGAGGGCAGGGAGGCACAAACAAUAGUUCUUCCUCUUCACUUCGAAACAGGGAGGGCGACAAAGACGGCAACUUCAACUUCCUGCCUGACAAGGAUGACGAGGGCUUCACGGGCAUCGGAGGAGGAGACGUGAACCGCAACCAGGUGCGUCCCCGCACCUUGGGCCCGUUGGGUCGCGACCAUGCAAACCCCUCGCCACCUUCUGGGUAUCACCACAACCCAGGGCUCCUGUCGCCGCGGUCGCGCCUGCCCUGCUGGAGCCCGCUGGAGCCCCUGCCCGAGAUCGAGAGCGGGGACGACGCGUAUGGUCGAGUUCCCCCUGACGGAGCGGAGGAAGGGAGGAUGGAGGAAGAGGGGGGAAGGCUGAUGAUGAGUCUGAAUGAGGAGAAGCAGAGAGAGAAAAGGCAGCUGCAGACGAGGAAAGGCAGCAUGGGGUUCAAAGGCAAGGAGGAAGAGGACGAAGAGGCAGGGCUGGACGACGAUGACGAAUGGGGAGACAGCGAGUCCGACUCCGAGUUCAGCUACCGGUCCGGCAGCAGCAUGUCCUCCCUCCCAGUAGAGAGCGCAGAAGGGAUGCUGAUGGGGGGCUGGGACCGCGUCGGAGUCGGGGAACCAAAAUCGAACCACCACGAAAGCGCCGAGGUCGGAAACAGCAACAGAGAACCAGCUGCAAGACACCGGAGCUUCAGCCGCAAGUCGCUGACGGGAAGCACCCUGGGAAAUCUGCUGGAGGAAGGAGCAGAAGAGCAAGACGACAACGACCAGUCUUCAGACUCAGACUGCGAGCUGCCAGAGCUGAUGGACGCCGUCUGGACGCUGCGGGACCGCGAGCGCUUCAAGGCCCAGGAAAUGGAGAAGCACCAGGUGCAGCUGACCAUGUAUCGCCGCCUGGCGCUGAUCCGCUGGGUCCGCACGCUGCAGGGCCGCGUCCAGGAGCAGCAGAACCGCCUGCAGUCCAGCUUCGAUGUCAUCCUCACGCACAGGAAGGAACUGCUGCGCAUGGGCGCGGCCGCCGCCACCGUGGCCAACGCCACUCCCGUCGCCACCGUUGGCCAGUCGUAGAGAGAGAGAAGGGGGGGGGGACUGACAGGAAGUGGUUGAAAGCAGCAUUUUCGUUCUGUUUGCUUCCAUCCUGAAGACAUUUCCCCAGAAAAAAAAAAAAAAAGGACAAUCUCCCAUCAUCCUGUUUGAUGUUUUUAUGCUUCACACCCGUGUCGCUGAUUGUAAUGACGCAAAAACUGGAGUUUUUGUUGAGUUUCCUUACCGGUGUUCCCCCCCCGGGGCAUCAAUAAGUGUAUUCAGUUUCAUCUUCAUUCGGGAGGACUCGAGCCCCGUCCCCGCGCCAAACUAAAAUGUAUGACCUAGGAUGUAUUCUGAUCCAAGCAAUGGAAAAAUUAACACUCUAUUGUGAGAUCGAUAUGAUGUUUGUACGAAAAAUGUUCCAUGUGCGUGUGCUGUUAUCGUCUGUCUUGACUUCUGGUGUAUCAAGAAAAGUAUUGGAGAAUAUCAUAGAUUUAACAGUGUUAGAGAUGAUUUAUACCCUGAGAUGCUGUAUAUAAUUAAAAUAAAU